CGUCAAACUGUCGCUCCACUCUCGCCGUACUCCAACUGCAGCAGAAGAUUUGCUGAAAUUUCAGUCAUUCACGGCAUCAAGAGCUAGUGGUUAAGUAGUGUGUUGUCCAGUGUGGUACAAGUACCCGAAAAGUUCCCAUCAAAAUGGCGUCAAUAUUGCGGAAAUCCAGCCUUGUUCUGGUCGAUCUAGCAGCCAAGUCAUCGCCGAGGAUUCUGGGAAAUGCCGGCCAGAGACGUCAUCUGAAUGUGCAGGAACACAUUUCGUAUACCUUUUUGAACGAGGCGGGAAUUCCAACACCGAAAUUCGGCGUUGCUGCAAGUGCACAAGAUGCAGGAAAAAUUGCUAAAGAUUUGAAUACGAAAAACUUAGUCCUUAAAGCACAAGUACUAGCCGGCGGUCGUGGCAAGGGUUCUUUCAAGAAUGGCCUUAAAGGAGGUGUGCGAGUCGUUUUCUCGCCACAGGAGGCCAGUGACAUCUCUGGUAAAAUGAUCAACCAGUUGUUGGUGACGAAGCAAACCGGCGCAGCAGGUCGUAUUUGUAAUUCGGUUAUGGUGGCCGAGCGAAAGUUCCCUCGGCGUGAGUUCUAUUUCGCUGUGAUGAUGGAACGGGCGUUCAAUGGUCCGGUUUUGAUCGCCUCGUCUCAGGGAGGUGUCAAUAUUGAGGAAGUAGCUGCGGAGAAUCCGGAAGCUAUAGUUUACGAACCCAUCGACAUUAACACUGGACUGCAGAAGUCUCAAGCUUUGGCUAUCGCCAAAAAAGUAGGACUCUCCGAUAACGCCGAAGAAACUGCCAAAAUGCUGCUAAACAUGUACGAUUUAUUUGUGAAAAAGGAUGCCCUUCUGAUUGAAAUCAAUCCGUAUGCGGAAGAUGCUGGUGAAACCUACUUCGCUCUGGAUGCCAAAAUGCGUUUCGAUGACAAUGCGGAGUUCCGUCAGAAAGAUCUGUUCGCGAAACGUGAUUUGUCCCAAGAAGACCCCAAAGAGGUCGAAGCAUCCAAGUUUGAUCUGAAUUACAUCGCGUUGGAUGGCUCGAUCGGGUGUCUGGUGAACGGUGCCGGAUUGGCCAUGGCUACUAUGGACAUCAUCAAGUUACACGGAGGUGAUCCGGCCAACUUCCUCGAUGUUGGCGGUGGCGCCACGGUGAAGGCUGUCAAGGAAGCAUUCAAAAUUAUCACGUCCGACCCGAAGGUGCACGCAAUUUUAGUUAACAUUUUUGGUGGCAUCAUGAGGUGCGAUGUCAUCGCCGAAGGUAUUAUUCAAGCUACUAAGGAAUUAAAUAUUAAAAUGCCCAUCAUCGUGAGAUUACAGGGCACAAAUGUCAACGAAGCCAAAGAGCUGAUUAAAAAAUCCAAAUUGCGUAUUCUACCGAAAGACGAUUUGGACGAGGCCGCAAUGCUGUCCGUACAUUUGGCCCAGAUUGUGCACUUGGCCCGCGAGGCUCAUCUAGACGUUAGCUUUGAACUGCCCGAAAGUUAUGUUCACUAAACCAUUCUAAAGCUUACUCAUUCGUUGUUUCAUUAUUUUCGAAGGAAACGUUGUCUAGCACAGAGUCGGAUUUCGACUGGUUGUUUGAUACUAAGAAACGGAAAAAACGUCGCCUUAUACCCCGCAAAACGUAGUUAUUUGUUUAUCUCAAAAGUGUAAGCUACUCGUAAACCCUAAUUUAUUUAAGACAUACUCUGCACAGAGUCGUUGUGUUAUUUUAGUAAAUUUUAAAUGGAAGCCGGAACAUAGUCUUGUUUAAACAACCUGAAAAGUGUUGAUCAUCUCAGAGCGAAAUUCAUACUAGAGAUCAUAGACCAAAGGCCACCGGAGAGCUUUUGGUAUUACCAACUAGUAAACUUGACUUUAAUAAAUAUGUGUUAUUUCCUGCACCAACGUAUUCAAUGCACUCAAUAGCAUAGAUGUUAACCUUUCUAUGAAUUAAUAAAUAUGACUGUUUACUUCUUUGAACAUUUUCAACAUCAGUUCCACGAAACAGGUUCGAAAUUCAAAUAUAAAAUAAACCCUUUGCUUUUCUUUGGUAUUUUUUGGCAUUUGAUUUCGAAUAGAAUAAGGAUUGUGCAAAAAAAACUAAAUUUUUCAAUUGUUAUGUUCUCUUUUAUUUAUGCCUUUUUAUUUAGAUAGAAAAGCAUACAUUAGUUGAAAAUGUAUAUGUUAUAUAUUCGCGGGCCUUAAACCUUAGGAAUGCCAAGAUAAUGCGAUCGAUUGGACUAACUAUUGGAAGCGUGUAUACCUACAUGUGUUUUUACAUUUUUGUAUUAUAAGUUGUUAUACAGAGAAAUAAACAAAUCCAUACAA